GACUGCCACCCGAACAAAGUUAAGUAGGCAGACCUCCGAAAGAAAGUUGAGCAGAGGGAAAGGGAAGUUGCGCGGUCCUCGUAAAACGCGAGUUUUGUGCGUUACUUCCUGUUCCCAGGCCUGUUAUAAAGCUCCUCGCGAGCAAUAAAUGCAGUGGAUCCAGUGACAGCUGCCGCAUCGCCCCAACCACCACGCACAGACGCGACAGACGAAAUGAAUGGGAAAAGCCGAUUGCAGCAGGCCCAGGAGGAUGCGGAGGAGGUGAAGGACAUCAUGCUGGACAAUUUGAACAAAGCGGAAGAGCGAUCUGGAAAACUGGGUGACCUGGAGGACAGAGCUGAUGAGCUGCUAAGAAAGAGUAAAGCUUUUGAAAAGAAAUCCAACCAGGUGAAGGAAAAAACAAGAUGGAAGAAUAAGAGGAUGAAAAUAGUGUUAAUCGCAGUUGCAGUUGUGGUGGCCCUCAUCGUAGUUGGACUCAUCAUAUACUACAGCACAACAUAACACACGCCUGCCUGGAUAGGUGGAAAGUGACACCGUGGGACUGCACAACCUGAAUGUGGACUCGGAUAAAAAAAAAAAAAACAAGUCCAGAAGCUUUUUACCUGAAUGGUGAAGUCUGCUUAUUCUGAUCUUAGGUGUAUUUAUGGGACUGUCUAUCAGUCUCACUCAUUGGUAAGAGAUUAUGGUACCAUUAAUAGCUGCUUCUUAUCUUUUUCCACAAGUUGUUUCGAUUACGUUACAUCCAGUACACAUUGAAAAGAAAAAUGCCAACGCUCAUUUAAGCAUUUUUUUGCUACAGGCCUGUUUCAAUUGCCCACACUUAUGUAGAAAGCAGAUUUGUGUUUUGAAUUCAACACAAUUAACUGAGUUUUUGUAAGGUAUCAAAUGACUCGCUGCAUAAACUGUUGACAGCAAA